AUGUUGAUCCUUGUAGGUUCAGAAGAGGACGUGGUGGACAAUAAAACCAAUCCUCAGACAGGUGUGCCUGUCAGCAGCUCGCCUUGGCUGUCUAAGGGAUCUGCACUGGCACUCCAGACUGCAAUGAGUCUCAUCUCCAUGACGUCACCUCGAAACUUCCAGCUCCACAGCACUGCUUUGGCUCCAUCAUUUGUGGAGUUUGACAUGUCCAUGGAAGGAUAUGGGUGUUUAUACCUCCCUACCUUGGCCACUGUCAUGGGACCCAGUGCAGAGCAAUCUGUCUCAGGAGGAGUUGGCAUGGGCACUAGAACGUUCCCUCCCUCAAGUGGCCUGACACUCUCCUGCUGGUUUCUGGUUAGCAAAUUUGGUCUGGUGCACGACAGUCACCCGCUCCGUUUCCUCACGGUCAUGAGGCACAUGUCAAGAACAGAGCAAGAAUUUUGUUGCUUUUCAGUAAGCUUCUUUCCACAGGACCGUUCUUUAGUCAUUUCCACGGAAGAAGUGGAAUUCCAGCCACUUGAUAUCAUGGAACCUGAGGGUGAGGUCCUAAUUCACUCCCCAUUUCCAGGGCAAGUCCAGUUUGGCUGUGGCAAGUUGCUGGUCCCUGGCCAGUGGCAUCAUCUCACAGUGACAGUUGCUAAGGAAGCAAAGAAGAACUGCAUUGUGUCAGCUUACAUAAAUGGUCAAAUGCUUGGCUCUGCAAAGAUGCAGUAUCUUCAGCUCUUACCAGGUAGCUGUAUUUCCAUGGAACCCUCUUCCUUUAUUGAUGUCUAUGGGUACAUAGGUACUCCUCGAAUUUGGAAACAGAAGUCCUCCUUGACCUGGCGUAUUGGCCCUACAUACUUGUUUGAAGAAGCCAUCUCUGUGGAAACCAUGGAGGUGAUUAAUAAACUUGGCCCACAGUACUGUAGCAAUUUCCAAGCGGUACAGCUUCAAGGUGAGGACAAGUACAGGGGUCAUAAUCCUACACCUCUGGUGGCAGAAGAGAAGAUUUCUUUUGGAAUCAAUGCCAUGUGCUCAUCUCUUACUACAGUCCAAGAUAUAAAGAGCUCCUACAAUGAAGUGGAUGGCCGGCUGAUUGCCAAAGAGAUUGGGAUUAACUCUCGGGACAGUUCAACUCCAAUAUUCCUAGCUAAGAAUAUUGCUGGACACCUCUCAGGUUCCUUGCGGACUAUUGGUUCAGUUGCUGUGGGCCAAUAUGGGGUAAGAGUGUUCCAGUCCUCUCCAGCGGCUACUAGCCUGAACUUUAUUGGAGGCCCUGCCAUUCUCCUGGCUCUCAUUGCUAUGGCCCGUGAUGACCACACCAUGUAUGCAGCUGUCAAAGUCCUGAACUCCAUCCUGAACAGUAGUCCAAUGAGUGAAAAACUGAUGAGGCACAUACGUGGAUAUCAGUUGCUGGCCUAUCUGUUGAAGAGGAAGACACAGCUGUUAAACAACAGGAUUUUGCAGUUAAUGUUCUCCCUAGUGGGCACAGCUGAGCUUGGCUUUGAGUCUUCAGUCAUCAAGAAUUACAGUGCAUUCCAGGAUGUUCUCUGCAACUUUGAGCUUUGGAUGAAAGCACCUGAAAAUCUUGACCUUGCUCUUUUUUCACAUCUUGUAGAGAUCUUACAGUCCUCCAGAUAUGGAUGUCAGAAUGCUGCAGUUGCCUACCAGGUGCAAAUGGUGCCCAAGCUCAUUUUCCUUUUCAAUGAUCCUGAAAUCAGUAACUCCAGGAUCACUGUGGCCUGCACUAUUCUCUCCCAUCUGUUGCAAGGAUAUUUUAACACGAGGGAUGUUCUCAGGAUUGGGUUGUUCCUUGUUUACACUUUGAAACCUUCUUCUGUGAAUGAAAAUGAGAUUUGCAUGGACAGUGUGUCUGAGAUGCCCAGUGAAGCCUUAAGCCAAACAUCUGGAAAGACAAUCUGGCUUCGAAACCAGUUACUGAAGAUGCUGUUAGAUGUAAUGCGUUCAGACAAACUUCAUCUGUCCUCUGAGGAACAAGAAGAGACAUUUCUGGCACUAGGGCCAGACUGGUUUCUGCUAUUCACACAGAGUCACCUGCACUCUAGCACGGUUGUGCUAGGAGUCAAGCUACUUCUGUGCUUCCUCCACAAUCGUUUGCUGCUGAGCAAAUUCCAGGAGGGGGUAGUGGCUGGGCGCUGGCUGGAAAACAGCUCUGCGGGAUUGAGUAUUCUAAUGGAUAAUUUAAAAACUCAUCCUCCAGUGCCUGACAAUGGCUCCUUCAUGAUUUUUGGGUUUUCUGUGUUGCAAAGAUGUCUGACUGAUCAUGUCCACAUCCCUGAGAUCUACUUAGUCAUGGCAGGGCUCUUUCUGGCAACUCCACAGUCUGAACCACCUGAAGCAGCGAAGAAAGAUCUUGAGUCUAUGUUGCAGUGGAUCUUGCAGCACCACCUUAUGGAGAAUGUCCUCAAAACUGGGUUGUGUGCAGAGGCAGCUGCUCUACUGCUGGAAAUGGUUAGAGUCACCGUGGACAAGCCUAUUACAGAUGCAGAAGCCUCCUGGGAGAUUGCCUAUCCAGGGAAUGUUAUCCAGUUUCUGUGCUUGAUCUAUCACAGUUAUACUCAGGACCCCAUGUGGCACUGUCCUGCCUUCUUGAAAACUUUGGCUAUGGUUGCUUUCCAUUCUGGACCACCCAAGGGAGGCUCUGAAGGCCUUUCGUCUCCUGAUGGUCCAGCCAUUGCUGAAAAGAAAGGUUGUGUUGAUCCCUCCUCUCUCCCACUCUUACCACACCCUGCCAAGAAACAGGUGUGGGAUUUUGUGCAAGUCCUCCUGAUGGACAGUCUUCUCAACAUCCCAGCAAGCAAACAAGGGCAUCCACUUGAGCUGCUUCUUGAGGCUUCUCCAGAGGAUGCCACCAGUGAGGAGAAGAGACAUUUUCAGACCAAAGUUUUGCUGUCUGCUAUGGAUGUUUUCCAUGUUACUAGCCAAGACGAGGGGAAAACAAGACCAAGAGGUAAUGAUCCUCAUGGCACUUUAGAAGCAACUGCACCUGUAUCCAUGAUGAAUAUUGCUUAUUUUGCUCAGAAACUGGUUGAGAAGCUGAACAGUGGAAUUUUUGCUGCUGACCCAAAGCAAAUCCUGCUCUUCACUGCCAAGCAGAUUAUGGGGGUCUUAGAAAGCACCGUUUCUCAAAAGGAAGUUUUCCUCAGUGCCCUGUACAGCUGUUUAAACAGAGCCAUCCUAUAUUGCCUAUCCAGAUCACGACAAUCACUGCCUGAACAGCUUAAUGUCCUGAACACUCUCAAUGUCCUGCAGGAGCAGUGGGACAUUAUUUUUGCAACUUACAACUCAAAUAAUAAUUUCUAUGUCUGCCUAAUGUACUGUCUUUGCCAACUGAAUUCAGACAGCUAUCCAGAAGGUUUUGGGGUGGAUGCAAAACCAAAGCUGUCUUCCUAUCACCAAAUUUUCCUUGUGCCCAGUGAAAAGGAAAAGGGCAACCUGCCUACUCCAGAUGAUGUCCGUCAGGAGAUCCUGAGAACAGUAGAAAUCAUCUGGAAGCAGCUCAUUUCUCAGAGGCAGCAGGCUCUGGAGGACACUUACAAGAUGGAUCUUUCUGUCAAAGGAAAUGACAAAGAAAGGGACAUGAAGAAGACAGAGGUCACUCCUUUAUGGGAAGAAAUUAUGACAAAAGCUUGGCAACACUUGAUAGCAUCAGAAAAGAAGAUUCUCCAGAAUAAAGCAGGGCCAGGCCUGUCACAGAGCAAGCACAAUUCCUGGAGUGAAAACCUCUCUUCAGCUAUUAGACUGAUGCCUGGCCGCAACACAAAGGAAACGGCAUGCAAAUCUGAGGGAUUUGUGUCAUGCAUGGAAAGGUACCGAAGAACUGGGCAGGAGCUGUAUGCCUCUCUGUACAAGAACCACUUACAGAUGCUGCAGUGUGGUUACAGCAAAGCAGCCAAGGACUGGAUGAUACUUGAGGAGCAACUUUUCUACAGAAGGGGCCCGUGGGGAGAUGUAUCACGAUCCUUAGAGCCACGAUGGAUUCUUGACUGUUACGAAGGGCCUUCACGAAUGAGGAGGAGGAUUCAGCAUGCAAAUACUCGAGUGACAAAGAUGCGAAUGAAGACUGAG